AUGGCGGGGGUGUCGCCGUCGUCGACGCCCCCCAUCUGGGACGCGGAGAAGGCGCCGCGGCGCGACGCCGCCGAUGCGCGCGAGGAGGACGAGCGCGCGACGCGGCGCCACGCGGAGGCGGUGACGAGUCGAGCACACGCGACGCGCGCGUGUGGCAUCGCUCGGCGCGCGCGCGCGAGUGAUGAAAGCGACGACGUCGAUCUGACUCGGACUCGACUCGUCCUGUCCACUUUUCCGAGAGUCGACGACGCGACGUCAUCACUUCGUUUCGCGCGCGCCGCCGCCGCUCGGACGCUCGCGAUACCAAUGGUUUCGGCCGAGCCGCUCGUCCCCGUGACCACCACGGUGUGGGGCAUGGAGUACUCCGUCCACGCGUGCCCGAAGCGGCACAAGGCCGAGGCGGAGGCGAUGUUCCCCGGUAUGGACGUCUCCGACCUCCUCGUCGUCCCGACGUGCCAGAAGACCAAGAUGGACCUCGUGAAGACGGGCGAGAUGGUCGAUGAGGAGAAAGAUUUCUGCUUGGAGCGCUUCCUCCUCUUCGCGAAGCGCGUCACGGACAAGCUCGCGUCUCGCGGGCACUGGGCGGACUACAUCGACCCGUGCAGCGGCCUGAGCAUGGUGAACAAAUGCUCGCAGCAGGUAUACGGCGAGGUCGACGCGCUCGUGACGCUUCUGAACUACCAGGUCACGAACAGCGGGUGCUGCAAGGUGGUGUUGCAUCCGAAGUGGGGGUCCGCGGUGUACCCGGCGAGCGUGUUCGCGAAGGCGCCGAGGGAGGUCUUCGUCGAGGUCGUCGCGGAGGCGGAGGCGGAGAUACGCGCCGAGGACCCGGCGGCGGCGUGACGAUGUCGUUCGUUUUAAACCGUCGUGCGUCUCUGCUUCCUAGCUACUUUCGUAUUACUUAACAUUCUUCCCGUUAACGUUCACGA